GGUAUGUGCCCGGAGGGAACCAAGGCAGGCUGAGCAGUGCCCCCGGAGCAGGGGGCAGGGGGCAAGGCCUGGGAGAAGGCGCCUCUGUCUCUGGGCAACCGACUGUCCCUCACAGGAGGUCUCCAUGCUCUGCGGGGUCGCCCCGGCCAGGCCCGAGGGAGCCUGGAGUCCAUCCAUCGGACCGGGAGCCGGAAUCAGGAGGAAGGAUGUGGCCCUGGUGGUGGCUGCUCCAGGCACAAGUCUGCUGAGACCAGCCGGGGGUGAUCAUCCUCCGUCCUCCUCCUGGCCACCCAGGAAGCUCGGGCCAGAGCCCUCGGAGGAAGCCUCUGACGGGAACAGAGCUAGGACCCCUCGCCCACCAAGCACCACCCCGUGGAGAUCUCUAAGCCGCCAUCCUGGAGGUCCUCGCGCCCAGCGCCCUUCACCCCCCCCAGGAAGAGAUGCAGAAAGACACGACGACGACGUCGACGAUGGCGCCACCCUCCACCGCGGCCUUGGCUUCCAACAGCGGCCCGAGCGCGGGCCAGCAGGCCGGCGGGUCCGGGGUCCCUAGCAAGAGCGAGACCGGGCUCCACGCCUGCCCCCAAGCCCACAAGAAGCCCAGCAUAUCCAAGGUGAUCCUGAAGGUCAUGGCCGACAAGGGGGCGCGCAACCGCGUGUCCCUGGCCACCCUGAAGAAGGCCCUGGUCACCACGGGCUACAACAUGGCCCGCAACGACUGGCGCUUCAAGAAGGUGCUCAAGGGGCUGGUGGAGAAGGGCCUGCUCAGGCAGGUGACCAGCAAGGGGGCCGCGGGCUCCUUCCGCAUGGGCAAGAAGCACGCCUCCGGCUUCCAGCGCGCCGCCUCGCGGCGGGGGCGGCCGCGGCGGGGCCGGCAGCUGGGGAAGCCACGGCUGGGGCAGCGCAGGCUUCUCCUGGGUUCCAAGCAGGGGCCCAAGCAGCUCAUGAAGGCGGCUCGCAGGGUGGCCAAAUGCCCCCGCAUCUAAGGAGGCAGGCCCCGCAGGCAAGCACACAGAGGGCCAGGCCCGAGACAGGCUCGGAGAGCAGGAAUAAAGGAGCCGUAUUUAA